UUUUUUUUGAAGAGGGUUUAUCUGUCUGACUGUUUUCACCAAUUGACACGUCUUUUCAGUGCAAAUUUCUUUUUUUUUAAUUUCUAGUAAAGUUUAUUUAAUUAACAUUUAUUUAAUUGUGAUUAUAUAGAAAGAUUUAAGUCUGGAUAUUUAGGUAACAAUGAAUAUAUUUCGUAUGCUCGGUGACUUGUCACAUUUACUGGCCAUUAUAAUACUUCUCAUAAAAAUAUGGAAGACCCGGUCUUGUUCAGGUAUUUCAGGGAAAAGCCAAAUUUUAUUUACAGCAGUAUAUACUACAAGAUACCUAGAUUUGUUCACUAAUUUCAUUUCACUCUAUAACUCUGUUAUGAAGGUUGUUUUCUUGGUGACUUCCUAUGCAACCAUCUAUUUGAUAUAUUUUAAAUUCAAAGCAACUUACGACAAAAACCAUGAUACUUUCCGAAUCGAAUUCCUUCUGGCACCCUGUGCAUUGCUGGCACUCGUGUUGAAUCAUGAAUUUACUUUCCUCGAGGUCCUUUGGACAUUCUCUAUCUAUCUUGAAGUCGUAGCUAUUUUGCCUCAAUUAUUUAUGGUUUCGAAAACGGGAGAAGCCGAAACAAUUACCUCACAUUAUCUUUUUUGCCUAGGAUCAUACCGGGCUCUUUACAUAUUUAACUGGAUCUAUCGUUACUAUUUUGAAGAUUUUAAAGAUCUAAUCCCGGUUAUCGCAGGAAUUAUUCAAACGGUGCUUUAUUGUGAUUUCUUCUAUCUUUAUAUAACCAAAGUCAUAAAGGGGAGAGCUCUCAAAUUACCAGCUUGAACCAAUCUUUUAUACCUCUAGCCACUACUCCCACCCAGAAAAUUGUAUUUCUAAGAAGAAAUAUUGAUUGGCUUGCAAUUGUAAACGUGCAUACUCUUGAUCAUGGAAAUAUAUUUGGAUUCUCGAUGAGUCCAGCUAAUAACAAUUUAUUAAUGAGAAAUGUUUCAUCUUUUCAUGCA